UUGCAAGAGGAAAUCGGCCUCCUCCUCAGUGCAACCGAUCCCCAAGUGGACAAAGCGCUGACUGGGCAUGCUCCGUCUGUUGAGUUUGGCGCUUCUUCAGACACCCCCGCUGCCACCGAUACCAUAGCCGCCAUUCGCAACAGUAGUAAUAGUAUAUUGGCUCGGUUCGAUCGAUUGAUCAGCAACCAAAUGAACUCCAUUAAGCUACUUUGUCAGUUGGCGAGACGUCUAUCCGUGGUGGAUGCAAAGUUUGCUUGCGCAAGAUAUUUAUCUUGCGCAGACGCCGUAGUCGUCGAUACCAGCAAUAUCCACGAUGUUGUCUCGACGGAUGAGUCUGAAAAGGCUGCAAAGACAGCUUCUUGUGCUUACUUGGUUGGCAGCACAAUUACUUCUGCUUUGACAUCCGAGAGAUUGGCCCAUACCGCUGCAUCUGCUUCUGCCAAGAUAAGGUGA